AUGAAAAGCGACUUUAAGGACUUCUAUCUUCGCUUGUUUCUAUUUUCCUUUGUUUCCUUUCUUUCUUUCUUUCUUUCUUUCUUUCUUCCCGUCCUUUCCUUCCUUCUUUCUUUCUCUUUUCUUUCUUUCUUUCUUUCUAUCUAUCUAUCUAUCUAUCUAUCUAUCUAUCUAUCUAUCUACAUAAUUCUGUUUCUUUCUUUCUUUCUAUCUAUCUAUCUAUCUAUCUAUCUAUCUAUCUAUCUUUCUUUCUAUCUAUCUAUCUAUCUUCUUUCUUUCUAUCUAUAUCUAUCUAUCUAUAAUUCUGUUUCUUUUCUUUCUAUCUAUCUAUCUAUCAUCUAUCUAUAUAGUUCUGUUUCUUUCUUUCUUUCUAUCUAUCUAUCUUUCUAUCUAUCUAUCUACAUAAUUCUGUUUCUUUCUUUCUAUCUAUCUAUCUAUCUAUCUAUCUAUCUAUCUAUCUAUCUACAUAUUCUGUUUCUUUCUUUCUUUCUAUCUAUCUAUCUAUCUAUCUACAUAAUUCUGUUUUCCUUCGUUCUUUCUUUUCUUUCUUUCUAUCUAUCUAUCUACAUAUUCUGUUUCUUUCUAUUUAUCUAUCUAUCAUAUCUCUCUAUCUAUCUGUUUCUGUUUCUUUCUUUCUAUCUUCUUUAUCUAUCUAUCUAUCUACAUAAUUCUGUUUCUUUCUUUCUUUCUUUCUUCUAUCUAUCUAUCUAUCUACAUAAUUCUGUUUCUUUCUUUCUUUCUUUCUUUAUUUCUAUCUACAUAAUUCUGUUUCUUUCUUUCUUCUCACCCUUUCUUUCUUUCUUUUCUUCCUUUCUCUCUUCCUUUCUUUCUUCUCUUCCUUCCUUUGUUUGUUUGUUUGUUUCUUUCCUUCUUUUUCUCACUGAAACCAAGUAG